AUGGAGCACUCAACAAGAAGCCUAUUCAUAACCAUCGUGAUAACCUCCAUGUUGCUAGGGUUUGGAAACUCUGAUCUGGCUCAGGACAGAGAGGAGUGUACGAACCAGCUCAUAGAACUCUCGACGUGUAUUCCGUACGUUGGAGGAGACGCCAAGGCUCCAACAAAAGAUUGUUGUGCAGGGUUUGGCCAAGUUAUAAGAAAGAGUGAGAAGUGUGUUUGCAUAUUGGUCAGAGACAAAGAUGAUCCUCAACUUGGUAUCAAGAUUAAUGCAUCCCUAGCCGCUCAUCUUCCCACGGCUUGUCAUGUAACGGCUCCUAACAUCACCGACUGUAUUUCGAUUCUGCAUUUACCUCGAAACUCAACAUUGGCUAAAGAGUUUGAGAGCUUAGGAAGGAUUGAAGAAAAUUACAACUCCACAUCUCCUUCAAAUAUUCAUAAAGAUGGGACAGGAGGAGGAAAAGCUGAAUCAGUGAAGAGUAAUGGAUGGAAGAAGAAGAGUUGGUUGGGUUGUCAGCCACCAAUGGCUUCUUCUUUGCUUACACUCCUCUGUCUCGUCUUCCUCUCUCUCUUAUGUCUCUCCUCCUCCCUAAAUCUCCGCCGUCCAAUCUUCCCUCAAAAUAAUGGUCUCGAUCUCUUCUCUUCUCGAAAUCUCGACCGUCCAUCUCUCGCCGCCGAUGACAUCCACGAUCUUCUCCCACGCUUCGGAUUCCCGAAAGGUCUUCUUCCGAAUAACGUCAAAUCGUACACUCUCUCCGACGACGGCGAUUUCACCGUUGACCUGAUUUCUAGUUGCUACGUCAAGUUCUCCGAUCAACUAGUUUUCUACGGCAAGAAUAUCGCCGGAAAACUCAGUUACGGAUCUGUUAAAGACGUCCAUGGAAUCCAAGCUAAAGAGGCUUUCCUUUGGUUACCAAUCACCGCCAUGGAAUCUGAUCCAAGCUCUGCCACGGUUGUCUUCUCCGUUGGAUUCGUAUCCAAGACUUUACCUGCUUCCAUGUUCGAAAAUGUUCCUUCUUGCUCAAGAAACCUAAAUCUUCAAGAUUCUUGAAUCCACCUUAAGCGAUUUCAAGAUUCUCAAAUCAAACGAUUCAUUCCUC